AUUUGCUUUGCUUUCGCCUUUUGCAGCACCGAAUAAAUACCAUGUCGAAAAUGCGGAUGUAAUAUUUGAUAGCUCGCCAAAAUACACGAUACGACCGAAAACAAAUAUUUACAAACCAAGUGACACGCCUGCACCAAACACUUAUGCAAUCGAACGAGCUGAUGUCAUAUUCGAUACAUCGCCCAAAUACACUCUCAGGCCCAAAACGGGCAUUGAGAAACCGUCCGAUGUGCCUGCCCCGAAUUGCUAUCACAUUGAACGCGCUGAUGCGAUUUAUGAUAACUCCCCCAAAUACUCGAUGAGGCCUAAAACUGGCGUUGAGAAACCAUCAGAUGUGCCGGCACCGAACUGCUAUCAUAUUGAACGUGCUGAUGUUAUUUUUGAUAAUUCGCCCAAAUACACGAUGAGGCCACAGACAAACGUGGAGAAACCUUGGAUAACACCCGCCCCAAACAGUUAUAAUGUUGAUAAAGCUGAUGUUAUCUUUGAUAACUCCCCAAAAUACACAAUGAGGCCAAAAACCGGUAUUGACAAACCGUCGGAUGUUCCUGCGCCUAACAGCUAUCAUAUUGAGCAUAGUGACAAUUUAUUCGAUAAUUCGCCAAAAUAUACUAUGAGACCACAAACAAACUUAGAGAAAUCGUCGAUAACACCUGCACCAAAUGAAUAUAAAAUUGAACGAGCUGAUAUUAUCUUUGAUAAUUCGCCAAAGUAUACAAUGCGUCCCAAAACUGGUGUAGAAAAACCAUCAGAUGUUCCCGCACCAAAUUGUUAUCAUAUUGAACGUGCUGAUGUUAUUUUCGAUAAUUCACCCAAAUACACAAUGAGACCACAAACAAAUUUGGAGAAACCAUCGAUGACACCCGCCCCAAAUGAAUAUAAAAUUGAACGUGCCGAUGUUAUUUUCGACAAUUCACCGAAAUACUCAAUGAGGCUUAAAACAGGCGUUGAAAAGCCUUCUGAUGUUCCUGCACCUAAUUCUUAUCACAUUGAACGCGCCGAUUUAAUCUUUGAUAAUUCUCCAAAAUAUACAAUGCGCCCCAAAACCGGCGUAGAAAAACCGUCAGAUGUUCCUGCCCCGAAUUGCUAUCAUAUCGAGCGCGCUGAUGUUAUUUUCGAUAAUUCCCCAAAAUAUACGAUGAGGCCGCAAACCAACUUAGAGAAACCUUCAAUGACACCCGCACCAAACGAGUAUAACAUUGAACGUGCGGAUGUAAUUUUCGAUAAUUCUCCAAAAUACACGUUGAGAGCGAAAUUAAACGACGAAAAACCAUCAAACACACCUGCACCAAACGUGUACACAAUCAAAUCCAAGCUGGGCGACUCCGCAGCUCCAGCAUUCACAAUGACUGGCCGAAACAAAUGCGCCGUGGACGAACGCGUCAAGAACCCUGGACCGGGAGCAUAUAACAAUGUAAAUCCCACUGCUAUUAAAUCGCAAUCACCUUCGUAUACCAUGGGUGCAAGACAUUCCAUCACAGCUGAAUGCUUUAAAAUUCCUGGGCCUGGCAACUAUCGUCCUGAAAAGGUUGAUAUACAUCUGCGACAUGCACCUGGGUAUUCAUUUGGAAUAAGACAUUCUAACUAUCUUGGAUCAGAGGAAUUAUGUUUGAGGAGUGAUAAACCAUUACUUUACUUAUCUUAAGUUUGAGUAUAAUGGAAAGGCAAAGAAUAACAAUCAAUAGUUUACUAAUCACAAUAAUAGUCUAUUAAUAUUAAUAUGUAAGUAAAAAUUACAUAACCUUCUAAUGAUUUAAAUUGAAUAAUGGUUAAUAUUGUAUUUGUUGA